AUGGUAUUGCAAAUAGAUGCAUGGAUAGUCAUGAAUGUAGAGAUAAAGGUUGUCUGGCAUGCCAUAAAGAACUACAGGGUUUGGAUCCUGGCUCUUACCUAUGGAUACUGUUUUGGAGUAGAACUUACCAUAGACAAUGUGAUUGCACAGUACUUCUUCGAUAGAUUUGAUUUAAAUCUUCACACUGCAGGCAUAAUUGCAUCUACAUUUGGGCUUGCCAACUUAGUAACCCGCCCAUUUGGGGGAGUACUAUCUGACCUUGUAGCACGUAGGUAUGGCAUGAGAGGAAGGAUAUGGGCUCUCUGGAUUGUUCAGACAAUGGGUGGGGUGUUCUGUGUUUUGUUAGGAAAGGCAAAUUCACUGAGCCUUUCUAUUACAUUCAUGCUGAUCUUCUCCAUGUUUGUUCAAGCAUCUUGCGGUCUGACCUUUGGAAUAGUUCCUUUUGUAUCUAGAAGGUCAUUGGGCAUAGUGUCUGGAAUGGCAGGAGCAGGGGGCAAUGUGGGAUCCAUGGUAACACAGCUUCUGUUCUUCCUGAACUCCAACUAUUCUAAUGAGACUGGAAUCAGCUUAAUGGGUGUCAUGAUCAUUGCCUGCACAUUGCCUCUGUUGGGACUGUAUUUUCCACAGUGA